AUGUCCCCUAGUUCCAACUGUCACAUGUCCCCAAGUCCCUACUGCCGCAUGUCCUCACGUCCCAACUCUCUCUUGUCCUCUAGUCUCAACUCUCUCUUGUCCUCUAGUCCCAACUCUCUCUUGUCCUCUAGUCCGACCUCCCUCGUGUCCUCUAGUCCCUACUCUCUCUUGUCCUCUAGUCUCAACUCUCUCUUGUCCUCUAGUCCCAACUCUCUCUUGUUCUCUAGUUCCAACUGUCACAUGUCCUCAAGUCCCUACUGCCGCAUGUCCUCACGUCCCAACCCUCUCGUGUCAUCUAGUCCCAACUCUCUCUUGUCCUCUAGUCCCAACUCUCUCUUGUCCUCACGUCCCAACCCUCUCGUGUCCUCUCGUUCCAACUGUCUCAUCUCCUCUAGUCUCACCUCCCUCGUGUCCCCUAAUCCCACCUCCCUCGUGUCCUCUAGUCCCAAAUCUCCCAUGUCCUCUAGUCUCACCUCCCUCAUGUCCUCUAGUCCCACCUCCCUCGUGUCCUCUAGUCCCACCUCCCUUAUGUCUUCUAGUCCCACCUCCCUCAUGUCCUCUAGUCCUACCUUCCUCGUGUCCUCUAGUCCCAACUGUCACAUGCCCUCUAGUCCCACCUCCCUCGUGUCCUCUAGUCCCAACUGUCACAUGCCCUCUAGUCCCACCUCCCUCGUGUCCUCUAGUCCUACCUCCCUCAUGUCCUCUUGUCCCAACUGUCACAUGCCCUCUAGUCCUACCUCCCUCGUGUCCUCUAGUCCCAACUGUCACAUGCCCUCUAGUCUCACCACCCUCGUGUCCUCUAGUCCCAAAUCUCUCAUGUCCUCUAGUCCCACCUCCCUCGUAUCCUCUAGUCCCAAAUCUCUCAUACACUCUAGUCCCACCUCCCUCGUAUCCUCUAGUCCCACCUCCCUCGUGUCCUCUUGUCCCAAAAUCUCUCAUGUCCUCUAG